CGCAAAGAGAUCAAAACGCAGCCACGGACGUGGCGAGACCCGAGCGCAGCCAUGCGUGUGAAGAUCUACCGCCUUUUCAUCUGAGUCGCCCAGAUCCAGCCUGGUAAGAAGUUCCCUGCUGUCUGUUUGCAAGAUGCCCGAGUUCGACAAGCAGUGCACGAUUUUGAUCCACUACGACAAGGGCAACCCGCCCUCGAUGGCCGACCUGCAGAAGAGGCUCGAGGCGUCCAAGGACUCCACCAAGGCUGAGGCGCUCGAGGAGCUCAUCCUGCUCAUGAUCGGAGGAGAGGCAUACGCCAAGCUACUCAUGACGGUACGCAAUCACGCAGACAGGCAGGCAGGCAGACAGGCAGAACAAACAGAUGAGGGAGGGAGAUCACGAGACGGCAACAGAGACAACCAACCUGUGUGUGGGUACGGCCCGUGCUGCAGGUCAUUCGUUUUGUGGUGACGUCCAACAACCACCGCAUCAAGAAGCUGCUGAUGAUCUAUUGGGAGAUCGUGGACAAGUGCAAGGCCAACGGGGAGCUCAAGGAAGAAAUGAUCCUCGUCUGGUAAGACAACCAAGCAACGACUGAGUGAGUGAGCGGAGAGAGAGAAACAGCCAGCAAUCGAAGCGACAGCACACAAACACACAAACACACCAGCACACACACACACUGGCCGCCCUCUCGCCGUGGAGUUCUGUUGAUUCAUGUCACUCACAUUGUGUGUUGAGUGUCUGUCGUCAGCAAUGCAUUGCGGAACGACCUGAUGCACGCCAACGAGUACAUCCGGGGCUCCACCCUCCGUCUGCUGUGCAAGAUGCGGUACUACAAGAUCCUGGAGCCGCUCAUCGAGGCCAUCAUCCGCAACCUCACGCACCGCCACUCGUACGUCCGCCGCAACGCCGUCAUGUGUGUCUACUCGAUCGUCAAGUCGUUUGGCGUCGACACCAUCCCACAUGCGGCCGAGGAGGUGGAGCAGCUGCUGCUGGUGGAGGGCGACCUCAGCACCAAACGCAACGCAUUCCUCAUGCUGCUCCAGUGCGACCAGGACAGGGCCAUCAACUACGUCCUCUCCGUCCAGGACGUCGUAAGCACAAGAUCGAUCACAAUUUGGCAGCAAGGAAGCCGGCUCAUCAAGGAGUUGUGUGAUGUGAUGUGAUGUGAUGUGAUGUGGUGGUGUGGUGUGUUGUGUGGUGCGGUCAGGUGUCGAGCCUUGGUGACAUCUUUCAACUGGUGCUGCUCGAGCUGCUCCGCAAAGUCUGCAGACAGAAUCCCGCACAGAAGGUAGGCAUCACACACACACACACACACACAACCAACCAACCGCCCAACGAUUCACUCCUUUUCUCUCCCGUGUGCUGUGCUGUGCUGUGCGUGAUCCACAGGGCAAUCUGCUGCGGAUCAUCGUGAACCUGGUGCAAUCGUCUUCUCCCGCCGUGGCGUACGAGGGCGCGGCGUCGCUCGUGGCGCUGUCGUCCUCUCCUCACGCACUGAAGGCGGCCACACAGGCGUAUGUGAACCUGCUGGUGGGCCAGUCUGACAACAACGUCAAGCUGAUCGUGCUGGACCGGCUCACCGACAUACUGAGGAAACACAAACACGUGCUGACCGGAUUCGUCAUGGACAUUCUCAGAGGUCAGUGGAGGGAUGGAUGGAUGGAUGGCUCGUGGGGCUGGGUGGUAUCUAUCUAUCUGUGUGAUGUGUGUCAUGUGUGCAGCGUUGAAUUGCCCGUCGUUUGACGUUCGUCGCAAGACGAUGGACAUCGCACUCAAGCUUGUCUCGUCGCGCAACAUACAGGUGGGCCCACAGCACACACACACACACACAUACAUACAUAUGACAUGACACCCCUAUGCACGACGGCUGAUAUGUCAUUCGUUGCUUCGCUUGGCCUGGCAGGAGGUGGUUGCGCUGCUCAAGAAGGAAAUCGUCAAGACCAUGGACAUGGUGAGCAGAGAGAAUGCGGGACGGCUUGCAUACGGCUGACCAUGUGUGCCCCCCCGCUGGUUUUUUUUGUUUGCAGGAGCAGCAGAACGUCGCUGGGAACCUCGAGUACCGACGGCUGCUCAUCCGAUCAGUGGUAAGCACAGCUCCACAAACACACACACUCGCACACAAACAAAACGCUCCACAUGCACACGCCCUUCUGUUCUGUCUCUCUGCUCAUUUCAUUCAGCACGCGUCGUGCAGCCGUUUCCCGGAUGUGGCUCAGUCGGUGAUGCAUCUGCUGAUGGACUUCCUGGGCGAGACUGACCAGACCACCACCACAGAAGUCGUCAUGUUUGUGCGCGAGCUGGUCGCCAACUACCCCGCACUGCGGCCGGCCAUCAUGCAGCGCAUCAUCGAGGCACUCCCUGAAGUGCAGCAAUCGCGGUAAGCCACUGAGAGAGGGAGAGAGAGAGGCUGUGCAUGGUUCUUUAUGUGGGUGUCUGUGUCUUGUGUGGUUCAGUGUGAUUCGUGUGUGUUUGUGGAUCAUGGGCGAGUAUGCGGACGAGCCGGAGCUGAUCGAAAGCUGCCUCACCGCCAUACUUGACGCGCUGCCGUCGCUCCCAUUCCUCACACGUACACACCACACACACCACACACACCACACACACAGAGCAGUGAUGCAUCCCCUCCUGUCUGUGUGUGUGUGUGUGUGUGUGUCAGCGGACGAAGAGCAGCAGAAAGCAGCGAACCGCAAGACGCAGACAGAGGAUGGCGCGACUCAGGUACCUCACCACCAGACAGCCGACACAAAGACGCGGCAGCAGGAUUGUGUUGUCCAUCGACCACAUUCGUUGCUGCUGUGUGUGUGUGUGUGUGUUGAACAGGGUGACGCGGCAAAGCAAGACCAGAAGCCUCGCGUCAAGGUCGUCACGCGGUACAUACACACACAUACACACGAAUACAGCCAAGCGCCACACACAGCAGAAAAGUGUGUGUGUGUGUGGUUGGCAGCACUGUGAUAUUGGCUGACGGGACAUAUGGCACCGAGAACGUCUAUGAGCCAAUCGACGGUGGGUCUUCAGCACAGCACGACACACACAAGGAAUGGAGGUCACCCCACGUGUGCUCUGUGCGUGGCGUGCUGUGCUGUGUGGAUCACUCAAUCGAUCGAUCGGUCAGAUGGCGUGGAAGCAGCACCCGACACAGAGGGUAAGGAGGGGCAUACACUGUGAGUGAUCCGAUCCGAUCCACACGGUCAUGUAUACCAUUUGUAUGUAUGUCAUCGGUAUCUUUCUGUGUGUCUGCAGGGGAGGAGGCCAAGAAGCAGACCGUGCUGAGGAACCUGGUGGUCAGCGGCGACUUCCUCCUGUGCGCUAUGCUCGCCGGUAUGUAUGGCUUCACACCCAGGCACACAGAGAGGGAGAGACAGAGAGAGAUCCGUACGCACGGACUUGUGUGGCGUCUGUGUGAUGCCUGCGGUGGCUGCAGUGAGUCUGACGAAGCUGGCGCUCAAGGAGAUCACUCUCGAGGGAGAGGGCGGCACAUACAUCCUCCCCACGUCCGUACCGUACCGUGCCGUACACACAUCCCUGCCAACACACCACACAGAUGGAUGGACUCUCCGAUGGAUGCCUUGUCUGUCUGUCUGUCUGCCUGUCUGUCUGCCUGUGUGCCCGAUGUGUGAUGGCUGCGAUGCCAACAGGAGCAUCAAGAAUCGCGUCAUGUACUGCGUCGCGUGUCUGCUCAAGUUCGUCAGGAGCCACCCCACAGGUAUGGCAUGGCAUGAACCAACACCAUACCAGUCUCACCUUCCCAUCCUCCAUCCGCCUGUGUGUGUGUGUCUGUGUGUGUGUGUGUGUGUGUGUGUGUGCAGGUGGCCCGACAUGUGACGCGGCGAUCCGCAUCGGCCAGUGCCUCAGAGCUCUCACAGUCAUCCUGGCGGACGAAACACUCAAGUCCCAACAGCUGCGAACCGAGUGGUUCCCGGUAUGUUUAGAUCCCAACAUGCCAUGCCAUGCCGUCCACACACAGGCGGCCGACAUCACCCCUGGUGCCGCGCCGCGUGUGCGUGUGUGUAGGAGAGCCGCAAUGCGUUGGCGAGUGUGCUUGAGAUCGAGGUUGAGAACUAUGAGGCGGCACUGGCGCAGGACGAGCCCGAGGAGAGGGUACACACCUGUUGGAAGGAGGAGGCGAUGAACCACCCACCCGCCAUCAUGUGUGUAUGUUUGAUGCGCACGCAGACGGCCAGCGAGCCGGAUGACCUCAUCGUAUUCAGGCAGCUCAGGUAUGUACGCUUGUCUCCCGUGGGUGACAUGGAGCGUGUGUGCGUGAAUGGUGUCCAUCCGCAGGGAGCGUCGUGGCCCUGCUGCCGAUGCGCUUGACGAUGACGAGCUCGACGUGCAGGCGGCUGUCGGCUCGGGGCCGGGCAGCGCACUCAAGGUCAGAUCUGACACACAACCACACACUGACGGACCAUAUCUGAUUUCUUGUCUGUCUCUCCGUUGAUCAGGAUGACAGCUCUCUGUUCCAGCAGCGCCUCGCCAAAGUCCAACAGAUGACGGGCGUCGCGGUGAGUAAACCGAUCAACACACACAGGAAGAGCACACACAUGAGUCCCGAGUGUGUGGCUCCAUCCAUCCAUCCAUCCAUGUGUUGCCUGCAGGACCCCGUGUACGUCGAGGCCUUCCUGCAGGUGCAUCAAUUCGAUCUCGUGCUGGAGCUGCUCGUCAUCAACCGCACCAACGACACACUGCAAAAUGUCAAUGUCGAACUCUCCACGCACGGUUCGUAUCGUCACAACACUGAUGUAGAGGAGGAAGAGGCCAACAGGUGUGUGGAUGGGCGUGGCGGCGGUAUGGUGGGUGGGGUGCAAUGCAUCAGGUGAUUUGAAGCUGGUCGACCGUCCGCCAUCGGUUACCCUGGCUGCCGGGCAGCAGACCACUCUCCAUGCGUCCAUCAAGGUAGGUACAAGGAACGAACGAACGAAUGGAAUGAUGGUGGAUGUUGGAUGCUCCACAUGCGGUGUGGUGGCUUUCAGGUCCAGUCGACAGAGACGGGCAUUAUCUUCGGCUACGUCACGUACGACAAGAGAAGCGCCGCUGACAAGGUGCGCAAACCGUGUGCUGGAGCUGGGAUGUGUUGACUGACACACCUGUGUGUCUGCGUGUCGUGUCGGUGUUGCAAUCAAUGGGUGUAGGAGUGUUUGGUUUUGAACGAGAUGCACAUCGAUCUGCUCGACUACAUCCAGCGGUCCUGGGUGGGCGAGCUGGCCUUCCGCACCAUGUGGUCCGAAUUCGAAUGGGAAAACAAAAUCAACAUCAACACCACUAUCACGUACAGUACACAGUCCCACUCCACCACACACACACACACACACACGGAAGGGCCCCUCCCUGCUCAUACCUGUGCGUAGGGAUGUGGCCGUGUUUUUGGAGCACAUCAUGCGCAACACCAACAUGACCGUCGUGGGCAAGUACGCCAAACCGCCGCCCGGCAUUGUGGCUGGCACGACGGGCGGCACCAAGGGCCCCCAACUCAACCAGGCUGUGGUCAGUGAGCAUGGCAACCCACUCCACAGCGUAGCAACACACCCCACGGAGGGAGGGAGGGAGGGAGGGAGAUAGGUCAGAUGAUGGUCAAGCUCAACAGGGAUGAGCCGCUCUGCAUACGUGAAGGGGCGAUGAUUCCAACUGUAUUUCUCUCCUGCUGAUGAUCAACAACACACACCCACCCCCCCCCACCCCCCCCACACACACAGAGAGAGACAGAGUGCGAUCGAGCCUGUCUGCUGUUCCUCAUCUGUCGUGUGGUGUGUGUGGAUUGUGUUUGUGCGCUGGCUGAUGACAGCUGGUUGGCGAGGAGCGGGACGACUACCUUGAGAGCGUCAAGAACCUCACCACACUCAAGAAACUCACCGAGCACUCGUCAUUCUUCGCCGUCAACCUAUACUCGAAAUCCAUAUUCGGUCAGUCAGUGCCCCCAGCCGACACACACCCACCCACCCACACACCCCCACACACACAUGCCGUCUGCUGUGUGUCUUGUGUGUGUCAGGUGAGGACGCUUUGGCAAAUCUGAGCAUCGAGAAGAUGCCCGACGGCAAGCUUGCGGGCUCUGUGCGGAUCCGCAGCAGAACACAGGUGCGUCUCUAUCGGUGUGGGCUUGGGGGGAGGCGCAGUGCAUUGUGCAUUGUGUGUGUGUAUGUGUGUGUGUGUCUUUCAGGGCAUAGCGUUGUCUUUGGGUGAUCGCAUCACAGUCGUGCAAAGGGCCUUGUGAUCGAUGUCAACGAGGCCUUGCCCACUCUCAAUGAUGUGUACGUGUCUGAGUGAGUGUCAGAUGGUUGGAAAAUGGACGUGUUGGUCGAUGUGUGUGUGUUGCGUGAGAGACCUCCGCCGUUAAUUCGUCA